AUGGCGGCGAGGUCUCUUCUCCGGCGAACGUCCACGCUUUCCUCCUCCGUCCUCGGGGGGCUCAGAGAGGUCUGCGCGGCGGCCUCCCCCUCCGCCAGGGGCCCGCUCCUCCAGCAGACGCAGGGCCACUCCACGGCGACGGCGGCGGCGGCGUCCCCCGGGGAGAAAUCUUCCAACCUGAAGACGUUCCAGAUCUACCGGUGGAGCCCCGAGGGAGGGGGGAAGCCCCGCCUGGAGGAGUUCCAGGUUGACCUCAACGACUGCGGGCCGAUGGUGCUGGACGCCCUCAUCAAGAUCAAGAACGAGGUGGACCCGACGCUCACCUUCCGCCGCUCCUGCCGCGAGGGCAUCUGCGGAUCCUGCGCCAUGAACAUCGACGGCGACAACGGGCUCGCCUGCCUGACGAAGAUCAAGAAGGACCAGGGGGGGGCGAUGAUGAUCACGCCGCUGCCGCAUAUGUUCGUGAUGAAGGAUCUGGUGGUCGACAUGACCAACUUCUACGCGCAGUAUAAGAGCGUGGAGCCGUGGCUGAAGAGAAAGGAUCCGGCGCCGGCGGAUGGGAAGGAGAUCAAGCAGAGCAAGAAAGAUCGGGCCAAACUGGACGGGAUGUACGAGUGCAUCCUCUGCGCCUGCUGCAGCACUUCCUGCCCUAGCUACUGGUGGAAUCCUGAGCUCUACCUCGGCCCCGCCGCCCUCCUCCACGCCCACCGGUGCGCAUUUUCGGGAUUCCUUUCCUGCUUUUGGGGGAUCUAUCGUUCUAUUCGUUUUACUUGCUCCUCCAUCCUUGUCGUAAAUAGUUGACAUUUGGUCUUUCCCUGUCGAUCUAAGCGAUUGCUGUUCUUUUGGUGAUGAUCAUCUUAUGCUUUCUCUGUUUUCCCGUGAUUAUCACACGUUGCGUUUUCACAUUUGGAAAUAGUUUAGCGCCUAUUCCAAAGGGCAGUUUUGGAUAAUACUCCUGCUGAGUUGAGCAGCUUGCUCAUCUUUUAUAAUGCCAUUGUUUUUGCUUCCCCUUCCGUGAGAAGGGAUGAUGGUUGGGGGGCCUAGUACAUGCUAGGUUGUGGACGCUGUCUAGUCUGCGCCAUAGUUAUCUUGUAUUAGAUGUGAUGAGCCGCUCCGACUUCCUGGGAAGUCGUAUGUUCCCUUUGUCGCUUGAGUUCAUGCCAUAUACGUCUGGCUGAUAGAGAAAGAAGUUAUAGCCUCAUGGUCAGAAAUGGAGAUGCAUCAUUUGGUAUCUCAUUUUAAGAUUAGUUGAAGAGGAGAAGAUGGCGGACUUCAAAGGGCAUGAGCAUUUUAUCGACUGGUUAGAAACAUUAAUGCAGCAUCCGAAGUACAGGUCGUUGAUGUGUUCGAUUUCCGUGGCUGCGAAAUAGGCAGAAAAAUAUUUAGGAUUAAGGGAACAGCGGGCAUCCAACUUAAGAGGUUUAAUGGGUUUGCGAGUUUCUUGUGUGAAUCUGCCCGAAACAUUUUACUAGUGGAGUUCUGGUGGAAUUAUCCUGAAAAGGAAACUGUUAUAGUACUCUCAGGGACUGCCUUGGAACGACUAGUUCUGGAAGCGCCAAGAUCGUCUUUUGAUCAAAUGAGAUCGCCCCAGUAAAGAUGAGAAUUCAUCAUUAUGAACCUUCUUUGGUACUCGUCCGGGAAUAUAUUUUCUUCUUACAAGGUCUUCAUCUUGCACAACGGCAAGCAAGUUUAUGCGGAACAUAUGUUGAGUACUGAUUAAAUUAACACUAUUGGCUUCUGUGGGAUUCGGGGACGACAAUUAUUCUUUGAUGAUAUUCUCGAUAUAGCUCCUCGGAGUCUCUUGGAAAUCGGUCAUUUUAUUUCCUCCAAAGUGCUAAUUAGUUCUGAUUACUGACGAUGCUUUGAGAUUUCCUUUCUCUCUUACAUCGCCUUCUCCCUUGCUGUCGUCAUUCUAUGCCCUUUUUUUUACCACUCUUCGUUUGCUGAAAUCUACAUUCCGUUUCACCAAUGUUCAAACUUCCUUUUUUUUUUUUUUCACCUGUCUUUUGCCUCCUGCAAGAGGGCUCAACAUGUAGGACUCUUUUCUUCAUCUGUGAUCUAUGACCAUGUAGCAUUUUUGUGUUUCAUUGUCUUGAAAUAUGAGUCAGACCCAUGAUCCCUCUUUUGGUCUUAGUAUUUUAAAAAAAUGCCCUUUGACUAUUUUGAUCUCAUUAUUUUAUCUCUCUUUCACCACGCUCCGACAAGACGAACUUUAUGCCAUAUUUAUUCUUCAAAUGAAUUUUUUGGAAGUGAAGGGUCUCUAUUAAGAUGCACAUCCCGUGGUUAUUCAACCCAAAUGUUUGUUUAAUCUUUCUGGUGAAUAAAUGCCAAAACCAUACUCUAAUAAUCAUUUCGCAUCAACUUUUUUGGGUUAUGUGGUGGGUGAUCCGAUCCCAAUGCACAUCUCUGGAUUAUUCAUACCACAGAGAAUUUUACUUCAACCAUGUUCUAAUCAUCCUUCUCAUCUUCUCUCAACCCCAAAUGGUAGAACCAUAUUUUUCAUUUUUAAUCUUAUGUUUUAAGUUUUUUGAUUUCGUUUCCUUUUGUUCUUACAGAUGGAUCGCAGACAGCCGAGACCAGUACACAAAGGAGCGGCUGGAGGCGGUGUGCGACGAGUUCAAGCUCUACCGCUGCCACACGAUCAUGAACUGCACCGCGGCCUGUCCCAAGGGCCUGAACCCCGGGAUGGAGAUCAUCCACAUCAAGAACCUCCAGCUCCAGAAGCCCUUUCUGUGA